UUUAAACUCUGUGUACAUCAUUUUGACCAUUUCGUGCCCCAUCAUAGUAAUUGGUAAUUGAGCCGUUACCUCAAAAGGAAAAGUAACAGAGCCGUUUUAGCGAAACUAAUGCGGGGCAAUACUGCAAGGCAGCAACACACAUAGCCGCUGAGUUAAUGAUGACAUUAACUGGAUUAAUAUUCUUAUCUCUUGCUUGUGAACCGCUGUUUCUGCAACACGCCCUUUGUGCUUCGACUUCGUCUUCGCCUGCGUAUAUAUACACUGCCACGCCGUGAGCAUUUCUUGCAUGUACCAAACGAUUACUCACAAGACGGAAGCUCAAUUCACUCCUCUUCUGCUGCUUCUUAACAUAGAGAAAGGUUUCUUGCAAUCUAUUGCUCACAAGAAAGAGAUGGCAUCAACCGCUAUCAGAUUCAUCACCUUCGUCUCUGCUCUCAUGCUGCUACUGCACUGCACUUACGCAGCAGCUGCACCAAUCUUUCAGCAGAGACAGUCGGCCAAGACAUGGUGCGUCGCUAAUCCUUCGGCCAACGAGGCUGCGCUGAGGGCGAACAUGGAUUUCGCCUGCUCCGAGAGCGACUGCAGCGCGAUUCAGGGCACAGGAGGCUGCUCCGUCCGCUAUGGCGGCAUCCUGCUAUCGCGGGCGUCGGUGGCGAUGAACGCCUAUUACCAGGCCAAGGGGAGGAACACAUGGAACUGCUUCUUCAACGGCACCGGCCUCAUCAGCAUCACUGACCCCAGUCUAGGCACUUGCAAGUACGCAUGAGUUCAGAGGGAUCAUUGAAGCUGAGAAAAUAAGUUUCUAGGCCCCCCUAGAAGGCGUAGUGUAUUGUUUUCGAUAUCAGAACUGCUAGAUUUCGAAUCAGAUCUAGCUUCAGUGUUUUAUUUGUCUUUAGAAAUGUCAAU